AUGCGGACCUAUAUCGUUAUUGUGCUGUUAAUUCAUCUCUCAUUGGGCGAAGCAUUCAAGAUUUCAAAGAGAGAAUUUUUGAAGAUCCUAGAAAAUGAGAUCGGGCGAAGAGAGGUCACAGACAAUACCUACAAUCCAGUGACGGACGAAUCGGAUAAUUCAGCGACAGACACUCCUUCAACUGAAAACUCUUCAACUGAAAGGCCCCGCCCUUCUUCAUCAGAAAUUCCCCUCACUUCAUCAACUGAGAUGCCAGGCCCCUCUUCAUCUGAGAUACCAGGCCCUUCAUCAUCCGAGAUGCCACGCUCUUCAUCAUCCGAGAUGCCAGGCCCUUCAUCAUCCGAGAUGUCAGGACCCUCUUCAUCUGAGAUGCCAGGCCCUUCAUCAUCUGAGAUGCCAGGCCCUUCAUCAUCCGAGAUGCCAGGCCCCUCUUCAUCUGAGAUGCCAUGCCCCUCUUCAUCUGAGAUGCCAGGCCCUUCAUCAUCCGAGAUGCCAGGCCCUUCAUCAUCUGAGAUGCCAGGCCCUUCAUCAUCUGAGAUGCCACUCCCUUCAUCAUCAGAAAUGCCGUGGACUGAUUUUACUUUUCCAUCUGAAAUUCCAACGAUUUUACUUUUCCAUCUGAAAUUCCAACGGACGAAGUUUUCACUUUACCAACAGAUGAUGAAGUUUUCACUUUACCAACAGAUGAUGAAUUUUCGCUUUAACAACAGAUGAUGUUUUCCCUUUACCAACAGAUGAUGAAAUUUUCCCUUUUUCUGAAGAUUAUCAUAAUGAGCCUGGACCCGAGGAGGGACCACGUGACCAGAAGCACCGCAAAAAGAAUAAACACCACAAGAAAGACAAACAACGCAAAAAGACAAAGACAACAAAAAGGACAACAACUGCAAUUAAAGACAACAUACAAACACUGAAAUAAUUACAACCAAUAAAGAAUGGCAUAUUUUUACACCUG